AUGGCAGAUGAUUCUGAUCAGAGGUCAGUGUUAGUGGAGAUCCCAGAACCACAGGCCAAACUCACAGGUGAGGACUUCUUCAUCAUCACCUUCAUCAUCAUCAUCAGCAUUCAUCUUCAUCAUCAUCACCUUCACCUUCAUCAUCACCAGAAGAAAGAGUUUAAGAUGGCAGAUGAUUCUGAUCAGAGGUCAGUGUUAGUGGAGAUCCCAGAACCACAGGCCAAACUCACAGGACGUCUGAGAAGAUCCUACAUGGAUAUCCUGUCCGGCGGUGCGAGACACGGGACGCACGGCUGCGGCGUGAGACCUGGACACGCGUGGGACGCAGGUUCAGGGAGACGCCGGAGCAGAGGCGGUUUGGACGCGUGUGAGACGUCCGUCUCCAGACAGCUGCUCCGCAGUCUUCUGCUGGCCGAGCAGUCCGUUCAGAUGGAGUCCGGCUCCUUCACGUCUGACCUCAAGCUCUUACUGGAGGAUCUGCAUCUGAAGAAGGCCAGCGUCUACAGAUCCAUCCCAUACUCCCGCCUGGCCUCCAACCGAGACGCACACUGCUACAGGAAAGCUCGUCCACACCUGAUGGCCUUCAGGCGCUCGUGUCAGGACGGAGGACGUCUGCUCCAGCAGAAUGCCGAGUGGCAGAAGCUGCUGGAGUUUGUUCAGGCGGCGUGUCGCUACACCAGUGAACUCCCGCAGUGGGAGACCAGCACCCAUAAUGCACUGCGAGAGCACUGCUACAACACGCUAGCGGCGUUCUGUACUGCGGCACUGCAGAAACACAGACCCGCCGCACGCAGAGCUCGAGAACUGCUGCGCAGCCUCCACCGAUCAAUAACCCGCGGUCUGCGGCAGCCUCCGUAUAGAAGCCAUUAUGCAGCGUUUGACAGCCGACCCAGAAGAGCUCUGCACCAGCGUUACUCCACAUUUAGCACCAUCCGUCUGCAGCAGAAAACCAGCGAGACUCAUUUGUCUGUUUUCUCUGAGAGAAACGCCUUGUGUUUGUCAGCAGAACCCAAAGAAGGGCGAGCCAAAUUGCUUUGGUAUCCCGGAGGCUUCGGCGGUAAUGAGAUCCGCGCCCCCUCCGCCUGUUUGGAAGGUCCUGACCUCUCAUUCGUCUCUGGGCUGUUAUUGAGGGAUCGGCAGAGGAGCACUGUCUGUGGUAAACGCCGGCUGAUGGAUGCCGAGUGUUCGGACGCCUGCGGAGCCGCUGCUCUAGAGCUAAAGAGCCGUGAAAGAUCUCGCUCUCCGACCCUUCGUGAUCCUGAUUCCCAGAGCUUUCCAGACUAA